CGAACAAGUUUUGGAGCACCCGGAACCGCUCGUGCGUGAGAUUUGGCUUCGGUUCCCGAAGGAGGAGUGAGGGACUGCACGCCGCCCUCCCUCCUGGCAGCCAGAGGAGUUCCUGUUGCUUGAGCGUGUAACGCCCCAGUUCUGAGCCAUGGCCUCAGCAGUCCUCAGUUCUGUGCUCACAACUGCCUCGCGCUUUGCCCUGCUACAAGUGGACAGCGGCAGUGGCUCUGAUUCUGAGCCUGGGAAAGGCAAAGGCCGGAGUAAUGGGAAGUCUCAAACUCUGGGAAACAAAUCAACCUCAAAUGAGAAAAAACGGGAGAAGAGAAGAAAAAAGAAGGAGCAGCAGCAGAGUGAAGCAAACGAGCUCAGGAAUCUUGCUUUCAAGAAAAUUCCACAGAAAUCCUCCCAUUCUGUUUGCAAUGUUCAACAUGAGCUUUCAUUGCCAAACCCAGCACAGAAGGAAUCACGGGAAGAAAACUGGCAGGAAUGGAGACAGAGGGAUGAACAGCUGACCUCUGAGAUGUUUGAAGCUGAUCUUGAGAAGGCGCUGCUGCUGAGUAAGCUGGAAUAUGAGGAGCACAAGCAGGAUUAUGAAAGUGCUGAAAAUGCUUCAACUCAGACAAAAGCUAUAAAUAAAAAGGAUAAAAGAAAGAACCAUCAGGGAAAGGACAAACCUCUUACGGUGUCACUCAAAGACUUCCAGUGUGAAGAUCAUAUUAGUAAAAAGACAGAGGAAUCAAAUUCUUCUCAGACUUUAUCACAUGAUGGGGGAUUCUUCAAUAGACUGGAAGAUGAUGUUCAUAAGAUUCUUAUUAGAGAAAAAAGGAGAGAACAACUUACAGAACAGAACGGAACAGAUAACUGUCCUGCCCCAGAGCACGACCAGGAAGUGGGUCUAAAAGAUGGAAGAAUUGAAAGACUAAAGUUAGAACUUGAAAGGAAAGAUGCAGAGAUUCAGAAGCUCAAAGCUGUGAUCACUCAGUGGGAGGCAAAAUAUAAAGAAGUAAAAGCAAGAAAUGGACAAUUACUGAAAAUGCUUCAGGAGGGAGAGAUGAAAGAUAAGGCCGAGAUACUUCUGCAAGUUGAUGAGUCUCAGAGUAUCAAGAACGAGCUGACAGUUCAGGUGUCUUCACUUCACGCCGCACUGGAACAAGAAAGAUCUAAAGUGAAGGUAUUACAGGCAGAAUUAGCCAAAUACCAGGGCGGCAGGAAGGGGAAAAGGAACUGCGAGCCCGACCAGUGUAGGUGAUCACGGCCUUGGAGGCCAGCACACAGUACUUUGACACUUUUGCAGAAAUGUGUAUAUUUAAUGCUGUGCAACUGCUAAACUGCAGUUUUUUGUUGAAGGAACUAAAAGCAACUAGUUCACUCGUAGUCUACAGUUUUAUGUUCUUUUGGCUUAAAGUUAAAAGAAAAUACAGAAUACCAGCAGAACUUGAUUAUUGUUUUAUGUCCAAACUUCUUACGACUUUAGUUUUUCAUCAGUCAAUAAAAUUAAUUUACUCUUCCA